GAUGGCGGACGUGGGGAUGAUGACGAUGAGCAAGGACGGUAGCAGCUGGUGGCUCCUCGCCCUCCCUUCCCCUGCCUUCUCCUCCUCCUCCGACCGCCUCCUUCACGAUGCCUACGUCCUCCUUCCCUCCCUUCUCCUCGCCUUCCUCGCUCUCUCCCUCCUCACUUGGGCCCUCUCCCCCGGCGGCAUCGCCUGGACCCACGGCAGGAACCGCAUGGGCCCUCUCCCCAUCCCCGGGCCCCGUGGCCUCCCCGUCUUCGGCAGCCUCCUCGCCCUCCGCAGCCUCCCCCACCGCGCCCUCGCCUCCGCCGCCGCCUCCCCGGACGGUGCCCAGCUCACGGCCUUCAGCCUCGGGUCGACCCCGGCCGUCGUCUCCUCCGACCCGCGGACCGCCCGUGAGAUCCUCUCCUCCCCCGCCUUCGCCGACCGCCCGCUCAAGCGCUCCGCCCGCAGCCUCAUGUUCGAGCGGGCCAUCGGGUUCGCCCCCGCCGGCGCCUACUGGCGGCUCCUCCGCCGCGUCGCCGCGUCCCACCUCUUCGCCCCGCGCCGCGUCUCGGCACACGGGCCGGCCCGCCUGCGCGACUGCGCCGCGAUGGCGGUUCGCAUCGCCGCCGAGCAGAAGGCCCGCGGCUUCGUGGUGCUCCGGGAUCACCUUCAGCUGGCCUCGCUGAACAGCGUCAUGGGGAGCGUGUUCGGGAAGCGAUACGACGCCGCCCGCGACGCCGAAGAGCUCGAGGACCUGAGGUCGAUGGUGAGGGAAGGGUUCGAGCUGCUGGGGGCGUUCAACUGGUCCGACUACGUGCCCUGGCUGCGCUACGUGUACGACCCGUUCCGCGUGGACGAGCGUUGCGCGAGGCUCGUCCCGAGAGUGAAACGUUUCGUCGGCGGCAUCAUCGCGGAUCACCGGCAGAAGAAUAACGACUGCGACGACGAGGUCGCCUCCGACGAGGCUGAUUUUGUCGAUGUCUUGCUCUCUCUGGAUGGCGACGAGAAGCUCGAUGAAGAUGACAUGGUCGCCAUCUUAUGGGAAAUGAUCUUCAGAGGCACGGACACGACGGCUCUGUUAACCGAGUGGAUCAUGGCCGAGCUGGUGUUGCACCCGCGAGUCCAAGAGGCGCUCCGGGAAGAGCUCGCCGACGCCGCCUCCCGCGCCGGCGGGAGAGUCCUGACCGACGCCGACAUGGCCGGGCUGCCCUACCUGCAGGCCGUGGUCAAGGAAGGCCUGCGGAUGCACCCUCCGGGCCCGCUCCUCUCGUGGGCACGGCUCUCCACGGCGGACGUCCAGCUCGGCAACGGGAUGGUGGUCCCCGCCGGCACGACGGCCAUGGUCAACAUGUGGGCCAUCGCGCGCGACCCUGGGGUCUGGGAGGACCCGCACUCGUUCCGGCCCGAGCGGUUCCUGGAGCACGACGUCGAUGUGCGCGGGGGCGACCUGAGGCUCGCCCCGUUCGGGUCCGGACGCCGGGUCUGCCCUGGGAAGAAUCUCGGCCUGGCAACGGUGACCAUGUGGGUGGCCGAACUGGUGCGCCGCUUCAAGUGGGCGGAGAACGCGGGUCGCCCAGUCGACCUGAGCGAGGUCUUGAAGCUGUCCUGCGAGAUGAAGCAUCCCUUGCACGCGGUGGCCGUGGAGAGAAAUCGAUAAAAGGGUUCAGUCUUGAUUAGGGUUUAGACAAUAGCACUUCCACUCUCUAUGUAAUGGCGGUAGUAUUGUUCUUCUAGUUUUUUUUUUUUUUUUUGCUAUUUUUUUUCGAGUUUAUCUAGGAUUUUGUCGGACUUGUAUAUCUCUUAGCAAUUUGUGGGUGUUGGGAAUUUGUGUUUUUAUUA